ACAGAAUGCGGAUGAAAAACAGUCUAACACAGUCUCGCGUCGGUAGCGGAGGAGAGUAGCCCGCUGUAUUCCAUAAACGCCGACUCGUGCGCCGAUCGUUAGCCAAACGAUAAUACUCAGACAUGUUCAUGACAAUUAUCACUGUAUUGCUGCUUCUAAUUACCGGUUAUGUAAUUAGGAAUAUAACUAAACCACGGAACUAUCCACCAGGACCAAAGUGGUAUCCGUUUCUUGGCUGUAGCGGAGUUGUCCAGAGCAUAUCUGCAAAACAUGGAUCACAAUGGAAAGGACUAUCUGAAUUAGCCAAAGAAUAUUCCACUCAGGUGCUUGGACUGAAAUUGUGUAGUGAGCUGGUUGUAGUAGUCUAUGGCACGAAAAAUAUACGACAAGUUUUCACCGGAAAGGAGUUCGAAGGUCGCCCCAACAGUUUCUUCAUAAAACUACGAUGCCUUGGGAAAAGAAUGGGUAUAACAUUCGCGGACGGACCUUUAUGGCGGGAGCACCGACAGUUCACAGUGAAGCAUUUACGGAAUAUUGGCUUCGGAAAAACCGGAAUGGAGAGAGAUAUACAAAGCCAAUUGUCAAACAUUUUGGAUUACAUCGAUAAAAACAAUGACAAGCCAAUAAAUCCAAAAAAUAUUUUGCCUGCGGCGGUCAUGAAUGUUCUAUGGAAAUACGUUGCGGGCGAUCAAAUAAAAGAAGAGCGUUUGAAAUUUUUGUUGGACCUAUUAAGCGCCCGUUCAAAAGCUUUCUCGAUGGCUGGGGGCUGGCUGAACCAAGUGCCAUGGUGUCGGUACAUUGUCCCGGAAUUGAGUGGAUAUUCGCUGAUCACUAAAAUGAAUCAGCAGUUAUCUGAGAUUAUAGAGGAAGCAAUCAGGAAACACAAAAACAAUGUGUCCGAACAAAAUGAUUUUAUUACUUCGUUUUUAAAGGAAAUCAAUGAAACGAAUAGCUCCUUUACAGAGGAUCAGUUGAAAACAAUUUGCCUGGAUUUAUUAAUAGCUGGAUCACAAACCACCAGCAAUGUCCUUGAAUUUGCUUUUCUAGUCAUAUUGAGGAAUCGAGCUUUGCAAGAAAAGUUAUUCGAUGAAAUUAAUACGGUCUUGGGUAAUAAACAGCCUUCUUGGAACGAUAGUUAUAGGUUAGUGUAUACUUCAGCGUUUCUUUUGGAAGUGCAGAGAUACUAUACAAUCGUCCCGCUGGCGGGGCCUCGGCGCUUACUCGAUGAUGCGGUUAUCGAUGGCUAUUUAAUACCAAAGGAGACAACUAUUCUGAUAUCCGUUGGCGAUGUACAUUUCGAUCCAGAAAUAUGGGACGAUCCACAUGAGUUUAAGCCCGAGAGAUUUAUAGACGAGCGAGGGGCUUUGAAAAAUUCAGAGCACAUGUACCCAUUUGGCUUAGGUCGUAGGCGUUGUCCAGGGGAUUCGCUCGCAAAGUCUUUUAUAUUCAUUGUUUUCGUAGGUGUUCUUAGGAAGUACAGGAUUGAAUAUUGCAAUGGAGUGCUGCCAUCCGGCGACCCGAUAAUUGGAUUGAUAUCCUCACCUCGGCCGUAUGCUGCUGACUUUAUACCGAGGUCUUAGAAUAGAAUAACAGAAAGUAUUAUUGAGUAACUAGCAAAAUAUUAGCCUUAUAAUAUUGUAUUACUACUGUAGGGUAGACAAUAAAAUCUAUGAAAUAUUUAAGGAUUUUAAUGAAUGUUUUGACAAUAGUAAAGUAUUAAUAUUUUAGACAAUAAUUAUUAAUUGCAAUUUCAAUUCUUUUUUUACUAAACUUCAUUUACACGUAAUUAUUUAUUUGCUUUAUAAGUAUUGAAAAGCUAAGGGAAAAUGAAGAAUAGUCCUGAUGAACCUACUGACUACGACAAACUAAAUAGAAGCUAUACAAUAGUUGUAACAUAAAUUGACAAAACCUAAAAUUUAUUUUCUCUAAGUAUCCUUAUGAAUACCGAUUUAUUUAUGUGGUACGAAUUUUAACACUAGGAAAAUUGCUUUAAACAUUGAAAUUCAAUCAAUCAAAGGCUUGAAUCUCUGUUUAAAUAUGAAUCGAGCGUCGUUUCAUAAUACGAGCUUUGGGCCCUCCUGUUUUUCCUUGCAUCUGUCAAUCCAUCCACCCCUCAGUUUGUCAUAAUGCUGACGUGCCCGUAUUCACAAACGAUGCUUGCUUAUGUGAAGUAGAAAAUCGAACACACAGCGUUGAAUAGAGCUCUGUGAUUGGUUCGUGUGUCACCAUGUGCGUCUACGCGCACUGUGAGACCUCAUGGUAAUGUUUAUGAAUACAGGCGUUAUUAUAAUGUAAGCUAACUACAAUAACUGACAUGUUUCAGUGAUAAAGCAUACCUACCUACAUACAUAUUUUAUGUAAAAACUUUAAUUUAAAACGAAUUGUUUAUUUGAAUUCUUAUCAAAUUAAAACCUAAUUUAUACCAAUUAGGGGUGGAAAAUUAAACAAUAAAAUAAUUAUCUCAAUAAACUGAAUUGAUAAAAUUU